AACGAUAAUUUAUCCUAGUGACCUGACACGGUUUUAUCGGAUCCAUGGAAAUGAAGAAUAGUCUGCAGUAAUGACUACUGAAAACCCAUAGGCCCAUACAAGUUUCAGCAGUUUUUGGUUUAAGUUUAUUCUUGUCUCAUACUUGUAGUUGAGCUUUUGAGAUUUUUGCGAUAGAAAUGCUGCAAGGCGAAUUCUGGUCACUGCUGUGCAGAGGUCGUAAGAAAAAAAUUAUAACUUUAAUAAUAAUAUUGAUAUUUUUAAUAAACGCGAUGUUAUACGUCAGUAUGGAAUUAUACAAUACCAUAAGAAGAAACCGUGAAGAUUGGAGUAAAAAUUGGCAAAAUGAACAGUCAAACACAGAGAAAGGUGGCAUGAGAGUAAUAGUUGGGCACUAUAUUGGAGGCUUUGGUAAAGGCAAUUUAUCUGAUGACAUAAUAAAUAGUAAUAACUAUGCGCCAGUCAAAGGUGCCGGAGAAGGCGGCAGGCCUGUACAGUUGGCUCAGCGGGAGCUCAUCACAGCAAGGGAAUUGUAUCAACUGCACUCCUAUAAUAUACUGGUCAGCGACAAAAUAUCCAUCAACAGAAGUUUGCCAGACAUGAGAAGUGACAGUUGUAAGAGCGUGGAAUUCGACCUAGAUAACCUGCCUACGGCGACCGUCAUCAUAGUGUUCCACAAUGAGGCGUGGUCGACUCUGAUGCGUACGGUCAUGUCAGUUAUCAUGAGGUCCCCUAAGCAGCUGAUGAAACAGAUAAUCUUAGUAGACGAUGCCAGUGAGAGACGGUAUCUAGGCAAAGAGUUGGACGAUGGCAUAGCCAAUUUGGAUAAAGUGGAGAUUAUUCGCAUGAAAAAACGCAAAGGGCUGGUGGGAGCUCGGCUGUUGGGAGCCAGGAAGGCCGAAGGAGAUGUGUUGGUGUUUUUAGAUGCUCAUUGUGAGGUAACACAAGGUUGGCUCGAGCCUCUCCUUGAUCGCGCGGGAAGCGAUGACGUCUUCAUAUGUCCGCACAUAGACCUACUAUCCGAGGACACCUUAGCCUACACCAAGAGCAUCGACGCGCACUGGGGCGCUUUCAGCUGGAACCUUUUCUUCCGCUGGCUCAACCCCAGUGCCGAAGUCAUGGCUCAGAAGGCAGAAAACCCUUCCAAACCUUACCCCACACCAGCGAUGGCUGGUGGACUAUUCGCAGUCAGGAAAAGCCUCUUCUGGCGCUUAGGAGGAUACGAUGAAGGUAUGCUUAUUUGGGGAGCCGAGAACUUAGAGCUGUCAUGGCGAGCCUGGCAGUGCGGCGCUCGAGUAGAAAUCACACCAUGCUCUCGAGUAGGACACAUUUUUAGACGACACAGUCCUUAUAAAUAUCCGGGAGGCGUUAGUAAGGUUUUAAAUGUUAAUUUAGCGCGCGCAGCCACUGUGUGGAUGGACGAGUGGGCAGAUUUCUUUUUUAAAUUCAAUCCUAACAUAGCAGCGAUACGCGACCAACAAACCGUGUAUUCAAGGGUAGAGUUGCGGAAGAAUUUGAAGUGUAAAAGUUUUAAAUGGUAUUUGGAUAAUGUGUGGCCACAGAAUUUCUUUCCGAGUGAUGAGAGAUGGUUUGGUAAGAUUAGGAGCGAUCUUGGUCCUUGUUUAGCGGUGCCGGAGCAGAUGACGGGGCUCGCUGUACCGGCGAAGGGAGUGCCAUGUGGUAUUGACGAUAGAAGUUGGGACACGAUGGUCGUUUACACUCCUGAGGGUAAGAUUAUGGGUGAUGAGAAUUUGUGUUUAGAGCGAACCGAAGGUCGCGCCAUGUGGAAGGCUUGUAAAGAGACGCCGAAGCAGAUUUGGCAGCAGAAGGGGCCUAGGUUAAAAACAAAAGACGGUCUGUGCUUAUCGUUAGCGUUAAUCGAUAAACAAGCAGAUGGUUUUAGUGAUAUCAUCUCAACAAAGAAGUGUCGCGACAAAAUGCGUGAUGCGGCGACCACGCAACAAAUCUGGCAUUUUGACAGAGUGCCUUGGCGCUAAAUGUGAUAUUAAAAGUACUUAAAUAAAAUUAAAAGUACAAUAUUUGUAAUUAAGAAUCUCGUUAUUUGUUUCCUGGUUUUCUCUCUUUGUACUUUUAUAUAUGUUUUU